UGACUUUUUCCGGGUACCCAUGAGUCAGUUGGGGAAAGGCGGCUUUAACCCCGGUUGAUAGUCUGUGACCUGUGUCUGUCUCCUGGAUGAAUUCUGCUGGGAGAUGGAGCACAGCAGGUUUCUCUCUUGCCUGAUACUGGCUGCCCUUCUCUCCCAAGUGAAUUCCCGCAUUCUAAAAGUGCUGGAACCUGAGGACAAAGUAAUGUUGGAAUGCAAUUCCAGCAUCACAUUGCUACAAGGAACAGAAGGACAAGAGGUGUCAGGCAAUAAUAAAACUCUGGACUUAGGAAAACGUAUCCAGGACCCAAGAGGAAUGUAUCAGUGUGGUGAAAAAGCCCAACAACUUAUUCUGCAAGUAUACUAUCGAAUGUGCCAGAACUGUGUGGAGCUGGACACAGCCACCCUGGCAGGCAUGAUCAUCACCGACAUCAUUGCCACUGUGCUCCUUGCUUUGGGUGUCUACUGCUUUGCUGGACAUGAGACUGGAAGAUUCUCCAGGGCUGCUGACACUCAAGCUCUGAUGGGGAAUGACCAGCUCUAUCAGCCCCUUCGAGAGCGCAAUGAUGCUCAGUACAGUCGUCUUGGUGAUAAGUGGGCUCGGAACAAAUGAACCUGAUGCUGGUGGCUUCUAGGCCCAUCAGUUAUCAACUGGACCUUCUCUCCUUGCUCAGCCAAGAAAGAUGUCCUCCUCUGCUUAGCAGGCGCCUGGAUUUUUGAAGGUUCCUGGGCAUGCUGUGGGAGUGGCCCUGACCUUGCUGGGCCCUUGCCCUCACUGCCCACCUGUGUCCUUCCUUCAUGACUUGCAUCCUCUGCCCCCCAUGGACUGUGUGAUGGGUGACCUCUCACCAUAUCCUGGCCCACUGGUGUUUCCCACUGGUGGGCUCCCUGGAUGCAGGACCGGCCCUGCUGCACUCUCUUGGCUCCAGUCCCCUGUUACAAUCCUUCUACAGCUUUGACUUCCUCACCACAGGCGAGGAGGGGCUGCUGUCUUUAUGUACACAGGCCACAUAGAAGUUUCCAUGACAUCACAAGCAGAGGUAGCAGAGACAUUGAAGGCCCUGGGGAAUCACUCCUAAUCAGGCUCUGAGAAUGUGUAUGACAAAGUUCCACUUCUGUUAAGGGGCUGGCCCUGGCUUUAUGACCCCUGUGGACUGGUAGCUACCAACUAUGAGGAAGUUUCAGUCAAGGCCUCUUUAGUACCCAUUUCCCUGUAUAGAAGAUACCAUUCUGUUUUCUUUCCCCAGAACCUGUCCCUGCUCCACCUUGCCUUCUGCAUAAUAAACUGGCAUCAGAAACUCUU